AUGGCCGCUUCUUCCGCCUCUACGACCCCGUUGCCGGAGGUUGCGCUGCUUGUGCGGCAGCCUUGGGUGUCGAUGAUUCUCGACGGGCAGAAGAUUUGGGAGAUGCGCGGCGAGGCCUGCCACCGCCGCGGCCGCGUGGCGCUCGCCUGCGCCGGCACCGGCUUGCUCUACGGCGAAGCCGACCUGAUCGAUUGUCGCUUGGUCGCCUGCCGAGAUGCUGGCGGAACUUUGGUUGCGGCUGGGCGUCAUGAAGACUUCCCCUUCUUGCCCAACAACCUCGACAAACAUGGACUGACUCCCACGGAUUUUCAAGGUUUCGACUACCGGCGGUGGUGGGCAUGGGUUAUGGACGAUCCUCGCUGGUAUCCCAAGCCGGUCCCUUACACUCAUCCCCGCGGCGCUGUCAAGUGGGUUCGCCUUGCACAGCCAGCGCCAGCAUCUGCCUCAUUGACGGAGACUACCCGGAAGCGAGCUCGCCGCACCUGA